AUGCCGACCCAUUCUCGGAAAUCGUCUGGAGGAGCCUUACAACAACAACACCAGCAGCAGCAGAACCAGCACCCGCCGCCGCCCCGUCAACCACAACCACAACCACCACAACACGACCCCUCCCGGCGCAACACGCUGACCGCGCACACGUCGCCCGCCCCCAAGCCCACACGCCAGCGCACAAACACAAACCCCGAGCCCCCGACCCUGCUACGUCUGCCCUCGACCACCUCGACCUCGUCCGCUGCCGCACGUCGGCCCCCGGCCUCCCAUAGUGCCCAUGGCAUAGACAAUUCGCGCGGCCCUCCCGUCACCCUAGUUACGCGCAGUCGGUCCUCGCAGAAUCCCGCCGAUCUCACCUAUGCGCACCAGCAGUUCUCUCCCACCGCACUGGCAUCGCACACUGGCCCGACCCCGUUGAGCAAGCGACGCGGGGAGGAAGAAACGGCCAACUGGAACGGUCCCCCGCAAAAACAACUCCACCACAUACCACAACAAACAGGCACCACGGCGUCUCCAAGCCUUCUGCGCCCGCCCGCCCCUCGACGCAAUUCCACCGCCAGCUCCCGGCCUCCGCCUCGACGAAUGGCCAGCUCCACCGAGUCGUCCGAAUACGGCUCUGGCCCCCGCAGCCGGAUGGAGGACUACCAUGCGGCGCACAGCGGACGGGGAGCGCCUGCGCCUGUGACUCCAGGCACAGAUGGCGAGAAGGAGGACCUGUUCCUAAACAUUGCCGCGGAUAGUGCGCCCAAGCAGCAACAGCAGCAGCAGCAGCGCCCAGCAGAGACCACGGCGCGGAUUGACCGGUUGAAGACACCUUCGCCGUCGCAGUCAAGCUCUGUCACGGCAACCUCGAGUCGUAUUCCCUCUGUCGUAGACGCCAGGCCAAGCGGUCUCCGUCGGGGCUCGCUCCUGCCCACUCCCUCGCGCUAUGAGCGGUCCCAAAAUUCUCCAGCACCUGAAUCAGCACACCGGACACCUCAACUAUCGCACAAGGUAUCUUUGAGUUCAGUACGGAGGGAUUCGGAUCUCUCACCGCGCGACUUCCUGGCCCAGUUCUCCUCAACAAGGCGCGCAUCUCAGCCAGACGUCACACCCCCAAGUCGCACACCCCUCCAGCCAUAUCGGCCAUCGAAUCUUUCCCAUGAACCACGCACACCUCACAUAGAGACAUCAUUUGAGGCUGCUUCGCGCGCCGACGGUACCGAAUCGCAUGGCUCUACGGGACCUGCAGCGUCCGUAUGGGACGAACUGGAUGAACUCAAGUCCCGGAUACGCAAGAUUGAAAUGGGAGGCAAGAUACCUUCAACAUCGGGCGCAAUUGUAUCUCAAGCGUCGGCAGAUCGCCCACGGACAGCAAAUACUUCAGCUACGACUGUGUCUUCAUCGCCAAACCAACAGCGAAAGGCGAACCUCUCUCCUUCUGACUCUACAGUCGGCGCUCUUACCCCUAACGGCAGCAGCAAUAACAACAAAACCCAUCCGCUUUUGAGGGAGGCGCUAGCCAAGGCCCGACAACACAUAUCACCAGCAGUGUAUCGCACGUUGGAAGCAACAGCACAGGAGGCAUUAGCACUUGCUGAAAUGAGCGGCAGUGCUGGUCCUCAGGGCACGCUUCAUUCGGCAAGCACCAUCGCCAAUGGUGCAGUCGUGUCUGACCGCCAAGUCCGGCGCAAAGCUGACAACCUUUGCCGGAGUUUGACCGAACUGUGCAUAGCUCUGUGUGACACCAAGACAGGCUUUGCCAGUCCUGCUUUUCGGUCAAGUACAGCCACGAUUUCUCGUCGGCCAAGCGUUCAGUUCAACGGCGAAUCACCAACCAUACGAGAAAGUAUCGAACCCGAGAGCAACACAUUGUCUGGUGUUAGUCCCAGCAGAGCAAUGUCUCGCAUAGAAGCUCGAAGGAGCAGUAUGCUUGCCGUUGGAACGGGGGGUAAUCAACGGGAAACCAGUCAAGAGCCCUACGAUGACAGGCACCUCGCAUCACGACUCCAGCGAGCAGGCACAAGUCUUCAUCGUGCACGCAAGAGUGCUGAAGAAGAUGACGAUGACACAAUAUUAUUCCGCGCACCAUCUCGUGCAAUGACGUCGAUUGACUUCCGGUCGCGGCAACAACAAAAUGAGAGCAACCGGUACAGCACCGGUCGGCAGAUUGGUUCUCGCGAGCCAAUGUCUGACCUGCAGCCAUCACCUGCUAUUCAGACGACAUCGCAUCUUCGUCGGCCAAGUGUUUCGAGCAGUACACCGUCGAAUGAGCACAGUCUCUUGUUCCGUGAUCAGAAUCGGUUCGGCCACAAUCUAGGCCGAGAGGGAUCUCCAGCCCAUUUCGAGAAGCCCUUAUCCGCCGGUCUACGAGCUAGAACGCAAUUGAGCGUUGCCCGAAACCCAAGCAACCGACAUUCAGUGGGUGGCAUAACGGAUCUCGGUCGCAAUGUAAGCCUUGGUAGAAGGCUGAGAGGAUCCAGCACUGGAGAGUGA